GACUGAUUGGGCUUCUCAAUCAGUCAAUCCUCUUCUCACUUCCUCUCAACACCCCAUAAAAGAUCACUCCGAAUUGGAGGUUCUAGAUUCGAUCUAAAUUCAAAUCUAGUUUGAAUCUAGGGGUUUUCUUCUCCGAAUUCGAUCGAUAGGAGCGCCAGAACGGGCACCGCUCUGUCCACGCCCCAGGCCGCUCAAUUUCAUUUUCGUCUUUCUUUCUUCUGGUGUUUUUCUUUGUUGCAUGAUGAAUCUAUGAUCUCAAUCUGGAUAUGUGGUUGCAUUUUUAUUCAAAGCUAGCACCUUAGUCCUUCACAUAACAUGAAUCCCACCACCCAGGGCUUUUGCUUAUUUCAUUUUGACAGUAGCUUCUCUGCUAUGGCGUGAAAAUGUGGACUUGGUAGGUGCAUAUCAAGUUGGUUGGAGAGUGUUUUGGCAGCAGCCAUGGCUGCAUCCAAGACUCGGACGAGUAGCUUCUCUCGCAAUUUUUCGGGUGCAAGCUCACCUCAAAUCCCAGGACUCAAGCAUGGACCCAAUGGCACAAUGUUUGUUUCAUCCGGGAUUCCAGACCUUGACAAAAUUUUAGGGGGUGGUUUUGCUCUAGGAAGCCUAGUCAUGGUGAUGGAAGAUGCAGAAGCACCUCAUCAUAUGCUUUUGCUUAGGAAUUUCAUGUCUCAAGGACUUGUUCACAACCAACCUCUUCUCUAUGCAAGCCCAGCCAAGGAUCCAAGACAGUUUCUUGGUACUUUGCCUAGUCCAGCCGUACCCAAAGACGGAAAGUCUGGUCAUCGAAACCCUGAUCAGGAUAAAGGGUUGAGGAUAGCUUGGCAAUAUAAGAAGUAUUUUGGUGAAAAUCAACAGGAUGGGAAACAUGAGUUCUGCAACAACUUUGACUUGCGGAAGCCCUUGGAGAGGCAGUUUCUAACGGGCAAGCGAAUAGAUUGUGCUAGCAUUCUCGAUUCUCCGAAUCUUGUCACACUUCAUGACCGUUGUGCUACUUUUUUAUCACAAUUUCCAAGAAAUGACAGCAACAUUUCUUGUGUUGGUCGAAUUGCCAUUCAAUCAUUCUGUGCUCCACAGUGUGGAUAUUCCAACCUGGAAUGGGACAUGCUUUCCUUACUAAGAUCUCUGAAAAGCAUGCUACGAUCUUCAAAUGCAGUUGCUGUUGUGACAUUUCCGCCUACUCUUCUUUCAUCAUCCUCCUCUACAAGAUGGCAGCACAUGGCGGAUACCUUGCUGUCAGUUAAAGCGCUUCCAGAUGAGGACAAGGAAUUGGCAACCCUCCUUACUGGUUACCAGGACAUGGUUGGCCUUCUUAAUGUGCAGAAAGUUGCACAAAUUAACACGCAGGUUCCUAUCAUUCUUGAUGCAACAACCUUCUCAAUAAAGCUGCAAAAGCGGAGGUUUUUGGUUUUAGAAUGUCUAAAUCAGGCCCCUGUCGAUGGUUCUAGUGGGGGUUCAUAUGGCACUUCUAGUAGUUGUUCUGGGUCCUCUAAGACUGGAUCUCUUGAUUUUUAGUUUUUGACAUUGUGAUAGAGAAGGAAUUCCAACCUUUGGAGUUAAAUAUGAAAGUCAGCCAUCAUUUUAGAUAACUUCAUGUGUGUUUGUACCAGAUCUAAGUUUUCAGUUCUUAAUUUUGGUUUUUGAUGAAUUUGCAAUAGCAGUAGGGAUUAGAGAUAUAGCAAAAUAAUUUCAAGUGAUUAUAUAGCAAAAAACAUU